AUGGCGUUCAUCCUCAAGCGGCCGUUCGCGAUCACCAACGCGCUCAAGCAGGCGCCCCGAGCAUCACAAGGGACAUUCUCCCAACCCAUCAAACAGGCGAUCCGGAGCUACAGCAAGCAAUCGACGCCACUACGACCAUUCCCAAAGAACGAGAAUGUCUUCCUCAACGCCUUCCGACAGUCAUCCCGGAGGCGCUAUCAAUCAACAGCGCCCGCAAACCCCGUAGCGCAGGGGAACCUCACACAACGACUCAUCUAUGGCGGCGCAAUCUUCGGCGGCACCCUCCUCGCAAUCAACCUUGUCUUCAACCGCGAAACACGAGAAGAUGGCGGCAUGCCCCCAUACGAACGAUCAUACCUCAACGAUACUUUCCUGCACACUGGCUUGGGCGUGGGCAUCAUCGGCAUUACAGCAAGAGCACUUCAUAUGAACGGAUGGUCGUAUCGAUUGAUGUCUGCAAACCCAUGGCUCGUCCUCGGCAUUGGUCUGGUCGGUUCCAUCGGCUCGAUGAUGGUCUGUCGCAGCGCAGACCCAAGUAACUACCUGGUGAAGUACGGAGCCUGGGGCGCGUUCAACGUGACCCAGGCGGCGUUGCUGAGCCCACUCCUGUUCUUCUCUCCCGCCAUCUUGGCUAGAGCCGGUCUUUAUACCGUUGGAAUGAUGGGAUCGAUCGCACUUGUGGGUGCUACGGCUAAACAAGACAAGUACCUCUACCUCGGCGGCCCUCUCCUCGCUGGUGUUGCGAUUGUUGCGCUCUCUGGACUCGCACCGAUGGUUCUCCCGGCUACGGCUGUUCGCACAAUGAUGUGGACUGAGAACAUCUGGCUCUACGGCGGUCUGGCUGUCUUCGGUGGCUUCACACUCUACGACGUACAAAAGAUCCUCAAUCACGCACGUAUGGCCGAACGCGGCAUGAUGAAGAGAGACGCGGUUAUGGAGAGCAUAUCCCUCGAACUCGACUUCAUCAACAUCUUUGUCCGCAUGGUCCAGAUCCUCGCAAUGCAGCAAGGCAGGCGGAAAUAG